UGUGAAAUCAAUGGUUCGCCGUACCGCAGCUUUCGUGGAAUUGGAAGAAAAGCAAGCCGAUUUUUACAGUUAACUCCAUCUGGCGAACGAAGGGAGGAAGAAAGAGGUGCAAAUAGCUGGUUAGGACCGCGCCUCAGCUCCAGGGUAGAAUGCCGUUCAGGAGGGUUCAACUAACUUUCCGCUCAUAAUUCCAGCCCACAGCUCUUACUUGCUUGCUACCACCCCAAUUCAAUCAAAAACUUUCCUCGCCAACCAUGACCUCUGUUUCGCUUGUCAAAUUCAAUAUGUUGAUGUUUUUGGUGUUGGCCGUUGUUACACCGGAGGUUGUGUCUCGUCAUGGAGCUGCUGCUGGAGGAGGUGACGUCUGUGACGAAGACACCAACUGUAAAACUUCACCCAUCGUGAAGGACCCAAUAGCUUGUCCCUUCUCGGCAGGUGAUGGUGAGGUGGUCCAGGAAGUGGGGUGCUGGGUUCACAACUGCUUGGAAUGUGAUGCUAGCACUGGUGGCUGUCCUGCGCUUGGGGUUGUAAAUGCGGCCUGUUAUGACGUCCAGUAUUGCUUUGACCAUGACAACGAGCUCUGCCUUCACCUGUCAGAAGAAGUCUGCGAGCUCUUGCCACAGUUUUGCUCCUAUCCUGCAGAAGAACUUCAGGUAGCCUUUCUAGAAGCCCUGCAGGUGAAAGGGCUUGAGCUCUAAGCAUGGAUUUGGAAGGAGCGUAAUGUCCAGCCUUGCCAAGAUUGGUCGGUUUCGCUCUGUGCUUUGUAUAUAUGGUAGUAACAUAAUAUUAGCGAACGAUUGAUCAUUCG